CUGUUUCCAAGGUGACGGAGAGGCGGCCUCGGCGGUGGAUUGAGCGGGUCUGAUAGAGGUUCCCAGAGGGCUGCGCGCCCCGGCUGCUCGGUGCUGUCAUGGCGGGCGUGCUGAAGAAGACCACUGGCCUUAUGGGAUUGGCUGUAUGUGAGAGUCCACACGAGAGGCUAAAAAUAUUGUACGCAAAGAUUCUUGAUGUUCUUGGACAAAUCCCUAAAAAUGCAGCAUAUAGAAGGUACACAGAACAGAUUACAAAUGAGAAGUUGAGUAUGGUUAAAGCGGAACCAGAUGUUAAAAAAUUAGAAGAGCAACUUCAGGGUGGCCAAAUAGAAGAGGUGAUUCUUCAGGCUGAAAAUGAACUAAGUCUGGCGAGGAAAAUGAUACAGUGGAAACCAUGGGAGCCUUUAGUGGAAGAGCCUCCUGCCAACCAAUGGAAAUGGCCAAUAUAAACAUCAUUAAGUGACCUGUGUGUUGAUGGGAAACUGAUGUAAUUAAAUAUUCUGUUAUAUUAAAAAUGUUUCCAUAUUAUUAACAUAAUCAAGAAAAUUGAUACCGAACAUAUUUAGGAGACUUGUUAAACUUGAUGAGAACGGUAAUAAGGAUUUGUGAAACAGUUUUUAAUUUAUAAAACAUUCAUUCAGAUUUUUUCAGAGAUGAUAUUUUUUUAAACAGAGAGGGUAUGGGGAAGUUUGGAAAGUUAAUUGGGAAACUUCCUAGAGAUUUUCAAUGCAGGGUUCAUAUUCAAAAGGUGAAGUAUUUUUAGUGGUAUCUUCACAUUGUUUAAUUUUUUUUAUCCUGAAAAAAAAGAAAAGGUACUUUAUUAUUAUUGUUUGAACAAAUUUAUAGGUCACUGUUUGAAGUGAAAUAGUAAGAGUAAAAACCAUCAAAUUAGAAUUUAUUGUGCAGUUGAGAAAAUUUGUUUGGUAUUUGAAAGAGUUUUUUUUAAUUUAUAGAGGUAGUUGGAUAAACUUACUUUUUUCUUAUUUAAGGAAGUUAUCUUUCUGGCCCUUUGCCUUUUUUUUUUGAUCAACCAAAGUACGUCAAGAUAAAGAUAGAAUUUCUGUAAAAGAAGAGACAUUCAGAGUUUCUAAAGUUUCUAAAGACAUACAGGUAGGCUUGUUUUGAGAACAUCUUAGUUGUAUGGUUAUAACUUCAAAGUGGAAUCACUAAGUAGUUUUCACUAAUGUCCAAUAUUAGUGCAGCUAGAUAUCAAACAAGAUAAAUGCUGUUCAAAGAAAGAAGCAGUUUGGCAAGUUUAAGGGUAAACAAAAAUAAAAUUACUUUUUAUAUGUCCUCA